GUCCCCGUAAAAACAACAUGAUUUAGUCGAAGGAGCACUUUUAGAUCAUAAACUAAUUGAUCUCUGGCCUGAUUAACAAUGCCUAUAUGAUGUUUGAGCUGCAGAUUAAAGAAACCUGGACAAUAGAGGGUCUGCUUUUGAGGAAAUAACGAAAAAAUCUUCUCAAACAGUAAUCUUUUACACUUGGUUUAUUUGCGUGCUAAACUUUAUCCUUAUGGAACUGAGAAUAAUGAUACAUUUGAAGAUGAUGGCGGCUCAAGUAUUGUAUCUCUUUCACCUUCGUUUCUCUUCUUUGACGAAGCUCGUAGCACCUUGCGUGUACUUACAAAUGGAGCGAUAUCUUUCCAUGAAGAAAGCUCAAAGUUUUAUCACUAACUUUUCCUGGUGAUAAACGUAGUUUAAUAGUACCUUUCUGGGCGGAUGUCGACACCGGAAAAGGAGGCUCUAUCUUUUAUAGAACAAGUCAAGAGCCUGAUAUUCUGAAAAACAUUUCUCAAGAUAUUCAAAGCUUUUUCGUCCGUCAUAGAAAUUUCAUGGCAAAAUGGGUCUUUAUUGCGACAUGGUCAAAUGUUCCCAGUGUCGGUGAUGAUUCUCGUAUAAAUAACACAUUUCAAACCAUUUUGGCCACUGAUGGGGUUCACGCGUUUUCAAUAUUCCUCUAUAAUCAUAUUGGCUGGACAAAACGCCCUAAUAGCGAUCAUCUUCAUGCGCAAGUUGGUUUCAAUGCAGGUGAUGGUAAUCGAUCAUUUAACAUUCCAAAUUCUGGUACGCCAGCUAUUAUCAACAUUACUGCAACAUCCAAUUACAAUAUUUCUGGCUUUUGGUUGUUUCAAGUUGAUGGCGAAACUAUUGAAAAUAAUGGUUGCGGUUUAUCAACAAAUUUAGUGCUGUCACCAAGAUCGGGAAUUCAAUUAGGAGGAACAAAAGUCUUUUUAGGCGGACCAUGCUUUAGUCCAACAAAUAAUAUCAUCUGUCGUUUUAAUAAAACUCUCCAGACGACAGCUAAAUACAUUAGUCAAUAUGCAGCCUUUUGUAUCACACCACCACUCUAUGUUGCUGGCAGGAUUCCUGUGGAGUUGUCUUUAGAUGGAGGAAUAACAUAUACUUUUAAUGGAAACUUCAGGUCAAUUCCAAUUGGAAGAAAUCCUCCAGAUGUAAAAGGAUUGGAAGUGAAGAAUUGGGCAUCUUUAACAAAGACAAACUUGACAUGGAAUAAAAAGAACUUCGAUGCAUUACGUUUAGACAUCGAACUUUUUAUAUUCAAUUCUUCUAAAUUUGUUCUCCAUCAAGAUGCUUUAGCUUCUUUUAAAAAUGUUUCUAACAACGGCAGUUAUGAAGUAGUUUUUAACAUCUCAAGUGAGAGAAAUCCUGGCAGUUCUAUUGGAAUCGUAAGAAUAAGUGCGUCGUACAACAAGAAUGAAUCAACUCGUCUUUUUAGCUCUCUUUUUUUAUUGCCUUAUGCUGCAAAUGAAACGUACUGCCGACAAUGGCAUGCUCUUUUAAAUAUGAAUAAAACAAGAAAUUUACAAGAAGAGCUUACUCCAUGCCCGACAAGUUUACAACAAGUCACUGCUGAUCAGCGAUUCAUGGAAGACUCCAGUGCUAAAAGACAACUCACCAAUAUUUCUUAUCCUCAUAAUACAUUUUGUUUUCGAUCAAAAGUUCCCAGCCCAUCAGGUGGUGGUCAACAAUGUUGCUACAGCACUAAAGGUUCACUAAUAGUAGGACCUCCGUGGGGAGGAACUAUGAAUUUUGCAUCUCCUGAAAUGAAUUUAUGGAAUCAUUUCAAAGAAGAUGUGUUACCUUGGUUUGCUUGCUGUAAAACUUCAAUUUUCCAUUGUGCUAAAUAUUAUCAAAGGCGUCCUUCAGAUAACGGCAAGCAUUAUCGCCCCCUUUUAUUUGGUGCCACAAGAGGGGAUCCUCACUUUACUACUUUUAAUGGCAUAAAAUUCACGUUUAAUGGUCAUGGGGAAUACACUCUUUUACAAAUAAACAAUGGCACAGACAUUGAAUUUCAAGGGAGGAUGACACCGUUAAUGAAAGGCUUAGAAAAAACCAAAGCUACGGCCCUGAAAGCAUUUGCUCUUAAAAAUAUGGAAAGUGAUACAGUACAAGUUGAGUUUAACAAAGGAAAAAGCUUUGCUGUCUAUAUUAACAAUGAAAGAGUUGAAUUUGAUGAGCAAACAAGAUUGGACUUUAAAAAUGUAGUUCUUAUUAGGUAUAAUCGUGCAAAGAUUGGUGUCUACUUUAUUUCAGGAGUGUCUGUAAAUGCUCAAUCAUUUGAAGACUUCCUGUCUUGUCAAGUUUCAGUGCCAAAAAAGUUUGAAGAUAAACUUACUGGUCUUCUUGGAAUUUUAGCAGUUGCUAAAUUGCCAAAUGGAGAUUUCAAUAAUAAACAAAUACACAAAGAUUUCAAUUACAUGUGGAAGGUCAAUAAAAGCAAAAGUCUGUUCAAUUAUCGUUACGGGAAGAGUUAUGACACGUUUACGGAUGACAACUUUAAACCUUACUUUUUGAAUGAGACAAAUUCCUUACUUUCCAUGAACGAAACUUUGAAGAAUGAAACAACACGUAUAUGUCAGCAAAAUAAAGAAUGUUUGUUUGACGCUGCUGUUACAGGAAAUGCAGCUAUUGGUCUUAUUACUUUACAAUCAUUUACAGAGCUAGAAAAAACUAUUAACAACUCAAAAUUGGCAUCUGUUCCACUUUACUUUGGUUGUGACGGUAUUCAGAACAGUACAAAUAAAACAGACUAUUGUGGUGUUUGUGGAGGGGACAAUUCCACAUGUAUAAAUUGUCAAGGUGUUGCCCAACCUGGGUUUAUUGUAACUGGAUUAUGCAAUUCUUAUAAACAGUGGAGUAAAUGGAGUGCUUGUUUUUGGAGAUACGGCAAUGCCACAAGACAGAGGAAACGAGUUUGCUCUAUAAGAGAACAAUGUCGUCAUCUUAAUGGAGAGUAUCAGUACAAGGCUUGUAAAAGUGACCAAAAAGAUUGGGAGUUCUAUCUGAUCGUUGUUGGUAUACCGGUUUUGGUCAUAUUAUUUUUUGCUGCAACAAUUGCUUUGUGCUACCGUUACAGUGGCGAAAGGAAAUAUAAAGAUAGCAGUGUUUACAUGUCGUCAUCAUAUGUAAAUAGUGCCCAUAGCGUAGGAAAAUUGUAAUUGUUUUUCAGAUAAUUUUUGUAAAGUAUGAACAAUUUAAAAACGCUCACAUAAAGUUGGAUGUAUCAUUUUGCUUUGAACCUUUCUGCAUCACGUAAAAUGAGCCCUUCAAUUUUUAUUUUUCAACUUGGAUAGCAAGUGCCUUGAUUAUUCAAAUGUACAAAUAUUAUUAUAUACAAACACUAUUUUCAUAUUGUGUAUGGCUAUUGCAAAUAUUCUUAAUUACAUUGCACUGUAUUUAUAAGCCUUCAAAUAAUAUUAAUCAAAAACAACUCAAAACUUAAA